AUGCCGACCCGGCUGCAUUCCAGUGGCUGCUGGCCUACAUGUACACGGGGGAGCUGUACAUGCCAGACGAGCUGCUGCGGCCUGCUGUACUGCUCGCGGAUCGGCUUUUGAUGCCACAAGAUUGCGUGGGGCAGCUGCAGAAGUGGCUGCUGGCGACGGUGACCCCCGGAUCAGUGCUUUCGGAUCUUCUCUGGGCGGAGCAGCACGGCAUGACGUCAUUGGUGCCACAGCUCAAGCUGCGGCUGCUGCGGCAGAGGAAGAGCGUGGUGUUGGGGGAAGAAGAUCUGCGACAGCUCAUAGUCCGCCGUCCAUGCCUAGCGGCUGACCUGAUCCGGGAGCUGGUUGUGAUGCCCUGACAUGCUGUGGCAUGAUGGACAGCGAGGUAGGAUUAGCCGGCACAGCAUCCUCAUACCAUAAGAUCUCACAGGCGCAUGUACAGCAUGCUAUGCGGACUUCUGCUUGGUGUGUGUGUGUGUGGCUGGGAAGGUGAACACUGGGGGAGGCAAACGGCUCAAAACGACCGCGAAUUCCUGUGUGCUAAGCUCUGUUGUUACUUAAUUAAGCCACAUUGAAGGUAAGGGUUAGCAUUAGCAAGCAAGCACUGGUGCGGGUAUCAGGGAUAUGGUCCAUGUCGCUCGUGGUUGUUGCGAGCCAAUCAUGUAACGUUACGACACC